AUGCAGACUGAUGCUGUCCCUGUGACCAGCGCUGUUCAGAUGGGCAGUGGCAUUCCCAUCAGCACCACUUAUCCUAUGGAAGGUGCGCCUCAGGUGGUCUACACCUCAUCGCCAUAUGUGAUGCCGGGUGCUGCCUCCAUCAGUGCCAUGCCUAUGACCAGCUACACCACCGGGAUGCCGAUGACCUAUAGCGGCUUGGACCACUCCCAGGGCAAAUGGUUCGCCCCGGGCGAGGCUUUGCCGCCCGGAUUCAUCAUCACGGCUCACCCAGAGGGUCACACAGCACCACAGGAGGGCCACAUGAUGUCCGACAAGGCCCGUGAAAGCUUCGUGAUCACCACGGGGAUUGACACCAAGCUUGGCUCUGCCCCAAAGAGCAAGAAGAGCAAGAAGAAGAAGUCCAGCGGCUGCGUUGCGACUGAGCCGAUGCCAGUGACUGAUGCUGUCCCUGUGACCAGCGCUGUUCAGAUGGGCAGUGGCAUUCCCAUCAGCACCACCUAUCCCAUGGAGACUGGUGCGCCUCAGGUGGUCUACACCUCUUCACCAUAUGUGAUGCCGCAGAUGCCGGGUGCUGCCUCCAUCAGUGCCAUGCCUAUGACCAGCUACACCACCGGGAUGCCGAUGACCUAUAGCGGCUUGGACCACUCCCAGGGCAAAUGGUUCGCCCCAGGCGAGGCUUUGCCGCCCGGAUUCAUCAUCACGGCUCACCCAGAGGGUCACACAGCACCACAGGAGGGCCACAUGAUGUCCGACAAGGCCCGUGAAAGCUUCGUAAUCACCACGGGGAUUGACACCAAGCUUGGCUCUGCGCCAAAGAGCAAGGUGAGCAAGAAGAGCAAGAAGAAGAAGUCCAGCGGAUGCUGCUAA